AUGAAGGCUAUCAUCUUAAUUGCUGUCGUCGCCGCUGUGGCUUCGCCAAUUUACGCCGGCGACGAGGACGUCGCAGCCGCCGGCGGUGCCGCUGCCGCUACGGCCGUCGAGGCGAAGAAGCAGGACAAGCGAGGACUCUUAGGUCUCGGCUACGGUGGAUAUUAUCCAGGAGCCGUUGGUUACGCUGGACACGCGGGUCUCGGCUUGGGUCAUCUGGGCUCGCCGUACUACUCCGGUCUGCCGUUGGCCGGUCACGCGGCACACUCCUACGCCGGCUACAACGGACACCUGCCCCUGAAUUACGGCUACAAUCAUCAGGCCCUCUACGGGCAUCACGCUGGGGCCCUGCGCCUGGCCGGGGCACACCAUCACGCGGGCUACAACGGCUACGUCGGCAACGGAUUGGGUUACCUGGGCUACAAUCACGGCCUGGCCGGCGGUCAUCAUCUCGGUUACAACAAUUAUCUCGGCGGACACGGUGUCUGGUAAAUAGAGACCACGACGCAAUGCGUGC